UAAGAACCACAUGAGCGAUCUUGUUAAUGUGUUUCCCGCAACUUUCAAAAGUGUCCAGCUAAUUGAAGGAGAAGAAGACUCUGUUGGUUCUGUCAAGCUUUGGAAUUAUGUUCUCGGAGGGAUUUCAAUGACAGCGAAGGUGAAGGUCGAAGCAAUAAAUGAUGAAGAAAGAUCAAUAACUUUCGCAGUUGUGGAAGGAAAUCUUCUGCAACUCUACAAAAGUUACAAUACCACACUUACUGCAAGCAACGGCUCUGUCAAAUGGUCUAUCGAGUAUGAGAAAGCUAUUGAGACAGUACCCAUUCCAGAUCUCUAUGUUACCUUAUCUGUUGAAGUGUCUAAAGCGGUGGAUCUUUACCUUCUCACUCAUUAGUAAUCAACCUACUCAACUCAUAUUUUAUACUAAGAUGGUAAUAAAUAAUAAUUAUGGUGCAUUUUAUAUAUAUGAAUAUCGAUCUAUAUGUAAUGUAUCAACUUGUAUCAUGUAUUUUGGGAAAUAA